AGACAACAACAAGGAUGGCAGACUUGAAAGCAUUAGAGCAUCCCACUCUAAAGGUACCUUAUGAAGUUUUGAAUAAAAAAUUCCGAUCAGCACAGAAAAACAUUGAUAGAGAAGUUUCUCAUGUCCAAGUAACUAUGUCUGAUGUGGACAGAUGUCUACAGAAUCAGCCUGUCACAGUAAGAGAGAUGUCCAUGGUGCUGGAUGGCGUGGUAGAGAAAUUAAACAUUCUCAAGAGAAAGGCUGUUGAAAGCAUUCAAGAUGAGUCUGAGAGUGCUUUAGUCUGCAAGCGCAGGGUAGAACACUUAAAAGAAUAUGACAAACUGCAGGGAAGUGCUGUCAAUCAGUGGAGGAAGAAGCGUUUAGACAGAAUGAUCGUUGACUACUUCCUAAGAGCUGGGUAUUACAACACUGCCAUAAAGCUUGCAAGACAUUCUGGAAUUGAAGAUCUUACAAAUAUAGAACUUUUCCUGGUAUCCAAAGAAGUGGAAGAAUCUUUAGAGAAAAAAGAAACAGCUAAAUGCCUAACCUGGUGCCAUGAUAAUAAAUCCAAAUUGCGAAAAAUGAAGAGUACUCUAGAAUUUAAUCUCAGAACACAAGAAUUCAUUGAACUGAUAAGAAAUAACAGAAGAGUAGAUGCAGUCAAGCAUGCUAGAAAAUAUUUCAACAAUUUGGAAGAAUCACAGAUGAUGGAUGUGCAAAGAGUGAUGGGCCUCCUAGCAUUCCCAGUGGACACAUCAAUUUCACCUUAUCAGGAACUGUUAGAUCCCAACAGGUGGAAUCAUUUGGUGCAGCAGUUUAGAAAUGAGAAUUUCAAACUACAUCAGUUAAACAAUACAUCUGUAUUUGUUGUCAGUUUGCAGGCUGGACUCUCAGCUCUUAAGACUCCGCACUGCUAUAAGGAUGAAUGUGGAGAAAGGAAUCCAAACUGCCCAGUGUGUAGUCCACACCUUAAUGACCUAGCUAAGACCUUGCCGUUUGCUCACUGUGCUCAGUCCAAAUUAAUUUGCCAGAUCUCUGGCAGACCUUUGAAUGAGCACAACCCACCUCUUAUGUUACCUAAUGGAUAUGUCUAUGGGUAUAAUUCCUUAGUUGAGAUGGCUAAUAACAAUGAUGGAAGAGUGGUAUGCCCUAGGACCAAAGAAAUCUAUAAAUUGGAUGAAUGUGAGAAAGUAUUUGUUAUGUGAAGACACUGACGGGUCAAGAUGGAGAACAGCAGUGCAUUUGGUUGUACAAUAUUUGUCACAUACACAUCUUCAUUGAAGGCCGGUGCAAUACUGUCAUGAUCCCAUCAAUGAUAUAAACAUACAAAUGAUAUAAAAAUAUAUCAACACAUUGCCAGUGCAGAACAGACUCCGAAAAGAAGAAAAAUGUGCUAACUGCAUGAGUUUUAACAACUCUGUCGUCUUAUGAAGAGUUUGCAGACCUGAUCAUUGCCUUUUAGUAUAUAAUAAAUAACAAAAAUAUUAAAAGAUAUCAAUAUAUAAUUAUAUGAUAUAAUAACAUACACUUGCAAUUCAACUGCUUAUGUUACUUCAAAAAACAAUGUUUUCACAUUAUAUUAGUGUGGUUUCCAGGCUUUGUUCAGGCAUAAUGCCUUGAAUCACUCGGUGAAAGGCAUUCUCCUUACUUGAACCUAACCAUGAAGUUUAUCCUACUUACAGGUUGUAAAAGAAAUAUUAAUAUAAAAUGGAUGAGAUCUUAGUUUUCAUGCAAGUUGUUUAAAUGUAUGAAUAACUGAAAGCAUGCUGCAAAGUUGUAUAAAUCAGUUGCAAUGCAAAGAGUAAAAUGCAGAGUCAAGAGUUCAUAUCAGGCUGUGAUUUUGAUUCUUGUGAUGCAUAAUGUAAAAUGUGACAUUUUAAUAAAGCAAAAUUACUAUGUGUAUUCAA